AUGGAGUGCUACACCUCCCGUGCUGCACCUUCCAAGCACGGCACCUCCCGAGUGCUACAUCUGCCAGCACUACACGCGUCCACAUCUGAGGAGUGCUACACCUUCCAAGCACGACACCUCCCAAGCACGACACCUCCCGAGUGCUACAUCUCCCUAGUGCUACACCCCUCGAGUGCUACACCUCCCGAGCACUACAGUUCCCGAGUGCUACACGUCUCGAGUGCUACACGUCUCGAGUGCUACACCUCCCGAGUACUACACGUCCCGAGUACUACAGUUCCCGAGUGCUACACGUCUCGAGCACUACAGUUCCCGAGUGCUACACCUCCCAAGCACGACACGUCUCGAGUGCUACACCUCCCGAGUACUACACCUCCCGAGCACUACAGUUCCCGAGUGCUACACGUCUCGAGUGCUACACCUCCCGAGUACUACACGUCCCGAGUACUACAGUUCCCGAGUGCUACACCUCCCAAGCACGACACGUCUCGAGUGCUACACCUCCCGAGUACUACACGUCCCGAGUACUACAGUUCCCGAGUGCUACACCCCCCGAGUGCUACACCUCCCAAGCACUACACGCCUCCAGUGCUAUCGCUAGCCUCCGUGGAGUGCUACGCCUAA